AUGGCUGAGAGGAAAGAAUUAGUGUUACAAAAGACUAGUAUUAUUAGUUUGAAAGAACAACUGGCGAGAACUACUCUGAAGAAUCUGAGGUUACAAGGUCACACAUACAUUGAGCUUCGUGAGGAUGGUAAACGCUUCGUCUUCUUCUGCACUUUGUGUCUUGCUCCUUGCUACAGCGACACUAUUUUGCUUGGACACUUGAACGGUAACCUUCACAAGGAGAGGUUAUCAUGUGCUAGGAUCACGCUUCUUGGACCCAAUCCGUGGCCUUUCAAUGAUGGUGUCCUUUUCUUCGAUAGUUUAACCGCUGAAGAGGAGAAACCUCCAAUCUCUGAUGCUGAAGGUGUUCCUGCUUCUUUGCUGCAUUGCAGCGACGAUAACAGAUUAGCUAUUGUCCACUACGAUAAAAACACAACAGGCGGAUCGGAUGGUGAUAACCAACAUGUUGUAGACACUGAUGAUGAACCUCGUCACUGUGCUGAUGAUCUGUUAAUCUCUGGUGUGCUGAUCAAGGAGAGAACUCUUGAUGUUGAAGCAAGGUUCAUUGGUUUUGGCCGAAUAGCUGCUAGGUUGUUUGAAAAGAAAGGACGCUCAACUGGAAUUGAUAAACUGUGGUGCGAGUGGUUAGGAGACGAGGGUCCUUCAGAAGAGGAGAAGGCUGUGGUCCCAGAGCAUGACUUUGCUAUUGUCACCUUCUCCUACUUCUACAAUCUGGGUAGGCUGGGUUUGCUCGAUAAUCCGAGACGUCUUCUCACAUCUAGUCCGUCAGUAGAAUCAGGGAAUGGCGAGGACAGUGGCAGGAAGAGAAAGAAGUCUUUCUCGGAUCCAGAGGACACCAGUGAAUCUCUGUGUAAUCAGUAUGACUCUUCUGAGGAGGUUUCUUCAGCUCGUAAUUCAAAUUCUUCAAGAGCACUAGUAGCCGAGUAUGAUGAUCAUCUCAUGAACAAGAGAGUCAUCAAGAACAGAACGGUAAGACGGGAGCUGAGGAAGCAACAGAGGAUAUUUUCUGAAAGGAUAUGUGAAGUUUGUAAGCAAAAGAUACUUCCAGGGAAAGAUGCAGCAGCAAUACUAAACAUGAAGACAGGAAAACUUGCUUGCAGCAGCAGAAACCUCCUAGGGGCGUUUCACCUAUUUCACGUGUCUUGCGUAGUACAUUGGUUUCUCUUCUGUGAGACUGAAAUACUUGGGAGCAAGAUCGUGAGUGGAAAAGGAAAAAAAAGAUGCAGAAAGCAGCAUGGUAGUGGGAAGUUGAACGAGUUGGUAAACGACGUAAGCUGGCAAAUAUUCUCAGUGUUCUGUCCAGAAUGCCAAGGCACUGGCAUAAACAUUGAAGGAAAUGAAAUCGAGAGAGACACGUUUCCGCUUUCUCAGACAUGGAGAUUCCAGGUGAAAGUGAGUGAAGGUCGAAAAGCAUGGGUGAAAAAUCCGGAGAAGUUGAAGAACUGCUCAACAGGGUUUCAUUUUCCGCAGCAGGAAGAAGAUUCGUCGGGUCAAGUUCAGGAGGAGAGAGUGCAGAGCAUGAAACUGGUUCGUUUCUACCGAGUGGAGUUGUGA